UCUUCCACUGCCACCACCAGCAUUCAUUCCAAAUGCAGCAUGCAUGGGGCUGACAGACUGUCUCCCCAGCAUUCUCCAGCAAGUUAGUUGCCGCUGGAUGGUUAUUCUGCUUCUCUUCUCCUUUGCAGUUCGCGUAAGGUGAAAAAAACUCCGCCCAGAGACCCUUCCCGGGUAAGUUUGAGAAAUCCAGGGAGGCAAGAUCAUUAAAGCUCUGUCAACUCAGCUCCUGAUGAAGGUGCUAAGCGGUUGCAAUGCACCCAAAACUCUAAAUGUAAAAGAUAUGGAGGCUUUAACUGCACACCCAUCAGAGGAAGAGCUCAAAAAACGUCACUUCUUCAUGACAUGUGAUAAUGAAGAUGAACCAUGUCAGCUGAUUGAUCGUCACAGGAAAAGAAAGAAUGUAGUAUCUUUGCCAUUUAUGUUCAGACGAUCUACCCAUGAGUCAGAAACUCAGGGGCAUCUAGAAUCUGAGUUGAAGUCACCUUUGUUUGAUCACCCUCUGUCACUUGUUUACGGUGUUGAAGAUACACUGCCCAAAUCUAUACAGGAUAUCCUUACAAUACUCUUCCGGAAAGGACCAUCCACUGAAGGGAUAUUCCGGAAAGCUGCCAAUGAGAAGGCACGCAAGGAGCUGAGAGAAGAAUUAAAUGCCGGAGACAACGUUGCCUUAGAAAAAAAAUCUGUAUAUCUGUUAGCUGUGGUUUUUAAGGAUUUCCUCCGAAACAUUCCCCACAAACUGUUGCUGGCCGAGCUUUACGAUGAGUGGAUGACAGCACUGGAAAAAAUGAAUCCUCAAGAGAGAACUGAAGCCAUGAAAGAGGUUGCAAGCAAACUGCCAAAGCCCAACCUUCAUUUGCUCAAGCACUUACUUUCUCUUCUUCACCACAUUAGCAAAAAUUCAAAAGUCAACAAAAUGGAUUCUAGCAACCUUGCCAUCUGUUUUGGACCAACCAUGUUGAGUCCAAAUUGGGACAAAAGUCUGCCACUUGAAAUUCAGAAAGAGCUGGCUGAUAAGGUGAAGUCAUUGGUGGAAUUCCUCAUUAUUAAUUGUUCAGAUAUAUUUGGAGAAGAAAUCUACUCACUGUUCUGUAUGAAUACUGAUAAUUCCCUGGAUGUGUCAGAAACACUGUCAUCAAACCAGCACCGUGAUUCUGCCUAUGACAGCACAGACCUUGAAGGGGAGUGCAGUUCCAGUGACCUCCAGUCCAAGAGCUUAUCACACACUAGCAGGCCAAGCAGUACAGAACUGUACCCCAAACAGCCCCUAACCCAGAUCCCUUCUGCCUUGUCACUGACUCGUUUUAAAAAAACAAUGAAGAAACUUGAGAGGAGGUUCUCAGAACCAGACUUGUGGUCUUCCAAGGGCUGCCAGGAAGGCCGUGUGAGACUUCCAAAGCUUUCUAAAAGCGAGGAGAAUUUUAUUCUGCAGAAGGAAUCGGGACUGAAGUGUAGAGGGCUGAGAAUGAGAACGCAGGCAGUGGAAGAAUCCCGUCUUCCAGGUCUCUACAGGAACAAAAAGCCAUCAGAUCUGACCGUAAAAGCCAACUUGCCAUCAGAGUUGUCAAGUGAUUCCUUACUCAGCACAUCUUCUUCCAGUUCACUAGACAGUGCUUCCUCUGUCUCGGACUCUUCUGUCUUCACCAGCUCACCACUCUCAUCACCUUCCAUCUUCAGGAACCGUGUCUUAACUCGACCACGGUCCUUCUCUACCAAGAUUUCAAACGGAAGUGACAGAGCUGUCCCAGAGCUCAAGAAGCACUCCAUGUCAUUUUCUGUGGCAACCCGCAAGAAGACGCUGGCAAAAACUGAAACUUAUGGCAUGGGAGGCUUUCAAAAGGGCAGUUUCAAAAAGGGCCCAAGGAAAGAAAGGCCUCUUUCCUGUCAAAUUGUGCAAGCAACUCAUGUGGUUACUCUCAGUCCAGAACCCCCAGGAUAUCAACUGAGAUCCCGUUUCAUGUCAGCAGAUGAAGUGUUUCAACUUGUGGAUCAAAAGAAACCUAGAAGGCCUCCUUCUUACGAAGAGGCAACCAAACACUUUUCUGCUGUUAGACUUCCAUCACACAAUAAUUUAAGAGCUCAUUCUCUGAGGUUCACCAAGGUGCCUCAAGAUUCUGAAUCUCAAUGUCUGAGGCUCAAGAAAGAGGUCACAAACAAAGCAAAUGAGGAUCUUUUUAAUGACAGACGCUCUUUGAUCACUGACUCCCAGGACAAUAUACCAGUUGUUGAUUUUGUUAUUGGAAUACAUUCACGGGCAAAGUUGCCUCUGACUCCUCAAGUCUACCGUCUCAGGACCAUGUCUGGGUCAUAUCAAAAGAACAAGCAAGAAUACUUGACGCGACAGAGCAGUCAGAUAAUUUUUGAGCACUUACAAUGUGCAAAAGAAUCCUAUGUUUAAGUUCAGUGAAAAUGUAUACAUUUUAUACAAGGCAUGAAAGCAAGACUUUUGCCAAAUAUUAUUGCCUAAGCUCAUAUAAAUCCAACUUUCCAUAAAAUUGUAUUUUGUUUAGUA